AUGAAUACUACUAUUGAUUCUAGUCUUUUAUCAACACAAUUUACAGAAAAUCUACUUUCAACUGCGAAUGUAGAAGAGCUACGAGCAAAAAAUCAAGACAAAGAAGUCAUUGAAUCUAUUUAUUCAUAUUGGUUUGGUGAAAAUAUUGAUACGUGGUCGAAAACUUAUCCAUUAAAAACAAAAUUAUGGUUUAAAGCUGAUAAAAAAAUUGAUCAAGAGAUCAAAGAGAAAUUUGAAAAAUUCUUAAUUGAUGCUACAACUGAAAAUAGCAAACUCUGUGAACGUUGGCAAACAACGUCUCGAGGCAAACUCAUAUUAAUUAUUCUAUUCGAUCAGUUCUCUCGAAAUAUUUAUCGUGGUACUCGAAAAAUGUUUGAAUAUGAUCAUUUUGCUCUUAAAAUAGCACUUGAAAUUAUCGAUGAUUCAACGCAUGUAACAGCAUAUAGUUUGCCUGAACGUCUGUUUCUCUAUCUUCCACUUGUUCAUUCGGAAAGUCUCAUCUAUACAGCAAAAGGUGCUGAUCUAAUGAAUGAUCUUGCAUUACAAGUAACACAACGUAAUUUACGUAAACGAUAUGUUACAAAUGCGCUAUCAGCUAAAACUCAUCAACAAAUCAUUGAACAAUUCGGUCGUUAUCCACAUAGAAAUAAGCUUCUUGGACGUGAAUCAACUGAAGACGAAGAAAAAUAUUUAAAAACAACACAUAACGACUUUGUAUUAUCAGUUCAGUCAUUGAAAUCCGUAGCAGUAGAACCUAUCGAUAAAAAUGAAACAGCAAGUCCAAUACAAUCAGAUCGUCCUCUUCUUAAGAUACUUGUUCUGCAUGGUUUUCGUCAGAAUGCCAAUAGUUUGAAACGUAGUGGAAAGAACCUCUUUAAAUCAUUGAAAGAUGUAGCAACAUUUACAUUCGCCAAUGCUCCAUUACCUUAUAAUUCAAUGAAUGAAGGGAAAGAAGAAUUGUCAGCGGCUUUCGGUGAUGAAAACUCACCGGAAACAAGUUAUCAACGUAUAUGGUGGAAUUCUUCGGCAGAUAGUAAAACUUAUCAUCAUUUAGAUGUUUCGUUACACUACAUUGAUAAAUUAUUUCAAUCUGAAGGUCCAUUCGAUGGGAUAAUUGGUUUUUCACAAGGAGCUUCAUUAUGUGCUAUUUUAUGUGCAUUACAACCUUUUGGAAAUAUUUCUUUUGAUUUUUCUAUAUUAAUUUCUGGUUUUACUCCUCGAGCGGCUUGUUAUGAACAUUUAAUGCAACCGAAUUCAAUAAAAAAUCAACCAUCUAUACAUAUUUAUGGCGUAAACGAUGCUUUAGUUGAUAAUGAUAGAACAAUAGAAUUAGCAGCCAUUUUUGAAAAUCCUCUAGUUCUAUCACAUCCUGGUGGACAUUUUACACCCAAUGCAUGGCCAAAUACUAGAAUUAAACAGUUUCUAAUCGCACAACAAGAACGCUUAACACAUAAACAAGGUGCAACAAUAAAUAAUGAUAUAAAUCAAUUCGAAGCAUUGAUUACAUUUGAGGAAAAACUGAAAGCUACAAUAUUCAAUCAUCAAAAACGUAUUUCAAAUUUACCCACAACUGAACGAAAAAAUAAUAAACUACCUAUUAUUCCUAUUGGUCUAUCAAAACCAAUUGAUCAACAAAACAUCGAAAUUAUUAUUGAGCAUAUCGAUGAUUAUCUACUCGACGAUGUUAUUUUACUUGUCUGGUGUGAGCGAACAACGUUUUACAAUAGUGAACCCAAAGAAGAUAACGACAAAUGUGCAACAUCAUUAUUUUUUCGACAUUGGAUAUUAGUGUAUUUGAAAAAACCCGAUGAACUACUUUCUUCUCAUUUCCAUGCAAUUUUAAAAUAUGGUGGCUGGGGAGAUUUAAAGACAUUAUAUAUAACUACUGAUCAAAUGUUAAGUGAGUUUGCACAAGAAAAAACGCUGCUAGAUAAUUUGAAAGCAACCUGUGUGAAAGUAUUUGGUGAUCAACUAAAACAUGAUUAUCGCGUUGUUUUAAAUCAACCAGAUGAAUCUGAAAAUGAUAGGGAACAAGAAAAUUCUAUUCAAAAUCAAGAAUGGAUUGGCAAUUGUGCUAAAGAAGCUCCGCGAAUAUCGAAUACUCCUACGAAUUCAUGUACAAUUAUGGCAAAAGAUAUCGCCAAAUAUAUGCAGCCUAUUGUCAAUGCUGAUAAUAAAAGUGAAAAACAGUUCAAUGCCGAUAAAGGUUAUUCAUAUCAAACUUACAAAAGACUUAUUUCAUCUAUUUGUCAUGUAUUGGAAAAAGCGUCACCAAAUUUCGUUGCUGAACAAAUGAAAACAAGAAAUCGAAAAGAUCGAGCCUUCCAAUAUACAAAAGAACAACGAGAACAAUUAUUGAAAGCUCCGCCAUCAUCCUACAUAACCAAUCCUGAACCUGAACCAGUUGUACCAUGUUCUCUAGAAGAAUUAGAACCACUGCUGGAACAUUUGAAAUUAAACAGACCUGGACCGCAUGAUGAUAAACAGUCUAUUGUUUUCUCACGUGGUACGAUUAUGUCUGGUGGACGAUUAGAUUUGUGUAAGCAGGUUGUUGGCCCGCAAGGUAUACAACCAUUACUUAAUGCAAUGAAACAAAGUUCAGUAAUUAAUCGAUUGCUAUUGGGAAAUAAUAUUGUUGGUCUUCCUGGAGCACAAGCUAUUUCUCAAUAUAUUCGUUGUAAUACCGACUCAAAUAUUGAUACAUGGUACAUUGCUGGUAAUCAUUUCGAUAGUGAAUGUAUAUCGCUUAUAUGUGAUGCAUUAGCAACUGAUACUAAAGUUAAAGCACUUUGGUUAAAAAGAAAUCCAAUUUUAGCUAGUGGAAUCGUGCAUAUUGCUCAAAUGUUAGCCACUAAUCAAUAUUUACAAACAUUAGAUUUAUUGAAUACGGGUCUAUUAGAUGAAGGCUGUGAAAUAUUAUUUAAUGCUUUUAAAUCAAAUCAUAAUUUAAAGCAUCUGUAUAUGGAUACUAAUGGUCUAACCGUAAAAAGUGGUCACAUUAUACGUUUACAUUUUGAACAAAAUGAUAAUCAUUUAGAAAGUCUUUACUUAUCAUGUAAUGCUCUUGGUGAUGCAGGUAGUUGUGAAAUAGCUUCUGGUUUAAAACAUGAUAAGCGUUUAAAACGACUUGGUUUGGCAUCGAAUUGUAUUGGUGUGGAGGGCGCACGAGCUUUAGUCGAUGCACUUGUCGAUCAUGCAUCACUGCAGCAAUUAAAUCUUGGCUAUAUGAAAGCUACAAUCUUGCUUGGCGGUUUAGAUAAUGUCAUCGGAGAUGAAGGUGCAACAGAAAUUAGCAGAUUAAUUCGAUUAAAUAAACAGAUUCGUUCGAUUGAUCUUACAUUUAACGGUAUUUCGCAAAAAGGUUUGAUUGAAUUACGAGACGCAUUGAAACAAAAUCGAACACUGACAACAUUAAAAAUUCUACAAUUUGGACAGACACACGACGGAAUAACAAAGGAAGAAAUAUAUAACAUAAUUGAGCAAAAUAAAACCGAAUGGGGAAAACAAAUACUUGACCAUAAUAGAACGGAUAGUUCGCCAUUAUCACAAUCCAAAUGUUUAGAAAAAGGUCAACAAUUGAAUGAUGAUAUCAAUUUUCCUGAACAUGUUAUGGAAAUAAUUAGUUAUUACAGAACACAUUAA